UCUCCACCUUAGCAGGUCCCCGUGGCAGUUGCAGCUCCUUUAGGACGGUGCCGAAUUUGCAUCGGGACGCCUCCAUCCACGGGCGUGAUGCCACUUUUACCACCUCCUGCGGAAGCUUAGCAGCCACUCGGACAGGACCGUUUGCCGACCCGGGGUAAUCCAGAGGCAGGCGGACCGCCUGGGUCUGCACAGCUGCUCGUUCAACGCUCCGAGGAGGAGGCAGCUGUCAGCCACGGUCCUGAGCCCAUGGCUCUAGGGCUCUCGAAGAGACCACCUCCACCGCUGCUGCUACAGAGCCCCCGCUGAGCCUCUGCGCACGCCAUGGAGCGGUACCUCUCCAAGCCCGACAACGCGACUCUGCAGAUGUUGAGCAGUCCGACCAUCGCCGUGGUCCUGCCCGUCGUGUACUCGCUGGUGGUGCUGAUCAGCAUCCCGGGCAACCUCCUGUCGCUGUGGGUGCUGUGCCGCCACAUCGGGCCGCGCUCGCCAUCCGUCAUCUUCAUGAUCAACCUCAGCCUCACCGACCUGGCGCUGGCCCUGGUGCUUCCCUUUCAAAUCUACUAUCACUGCAACCGGCACCACUGGGUCUUCGGCGUGCUGCUGUGCAACGUGGUCACCGUGGCCUUCUACGCCAACAUGUACUCCAGCAUCCUCACCAUGACCUGCAUCAGCGUGGAGCGCUUCCUGGGCGUCGUGUACCCGCUGUCCGCCGCGCGCUGGCGCCGCCGCCGCUACGCCGUGGCCGCCUGCGCCAGCCUCUGGCUGCUGCUCCUGGCCGCGCUGUCGCCGCUGGCGCGCACCGACCUCACCUACGAGGUGGAGGCGCUGGGCAUCAUCACCUGCUUCGACGUGCUCAAGUGGACCAUGCUGCCCAGCGUGGCCACCUGGGCCGUCUUCCUCUUCACCAUCUUCAUCGUCCUCUUCCUCAUUCCCUUCGUGGUGACCGUGGUCUGCUACACGGCCACCAUCCGGAAGCUGCUGCAGACCUCGGGCGGCUACGGGCAGGGCCAGAAGCGGCGCUCUGUGUACCUGGCGGCCGUGGUGCUGCUGGCCUUCGUCACCUGCUUCGCGCCCAACAACUUCGUGCUGCUGGUCCACAUGGUCAGCAGGCUCUUCUUCGGCCGCAGCUUCUAUCACAUCUACAAGCUCACGCUCUGCCUCAGCUGCCUCAACAACUGCCUGGACCCCUUCGUCUACUACUUCGCCUCCAAGGAGUUCCAGCUGCGGAUGCGCGCGUACCUGGGCUACCGGGGCCCGCGCGCGGACAGCCUGGACACGCGCCGCGACAGCCUCUUCUCGGCGCGCACGCUGUCGGCGCGCUCUGGCUCCAGCGUGCAGGCCGACUGCCUGGAGGCGGUGGGCAGGGCCUUCCUCCAGAGGCAGGAGAGCGUGUUCUGAGCCCGGACGACAGACGACGUGCCCUCAGAGAGGGCGACGGCACGGCGGGGAACCCGCAACCGAAGCCCCGGAGGUCUGCGGAGCGCCGUGCGGGCGCCGGCGGAGGAGCUGAGUCCGGUCAACAGGGCUUCGAAAACCGCCAUUUGGGAAGGGGUCAGAGACCAGCAAAGAAAAGCAAAACAUGAGAACGGCGACUGCCUCUGCGGUCUCCUAGGAGACGUGCGUCCCCGAGCUGCCACCCAGCCCUGCCCGCCCUGAGGAUUUGCGCUCAGGCUGGCCCAGCUGUCCCUUCCACACUCAGCGCUCCCCGAGGGGUGACUUUCUGCCGGGGGAACGGCCAGGUCGGGAGACGCAGUAGCCCUCUCGGGUCUCCCCGCCCCGCGCCGCGCACUCAAGCCGCACAGGGCCCCCAUGUUGGUCUUAUCGCGUCACGGGGCAGUCCAGGACCCCCCCCCCCCGACUCUGGGGCUCCUGGUGCCCUCCCCCCUCCCCCGCAGCACUGUGUCCCCCGCGGAGAGGCCCACAGUGACCCAGCCCGUCCAGGGCCGCGUGGCUGCCCCGGGGCGGAGGGGAGCGCGAUGACUCGUAGGUGCGGCCCCUGAACACUCGGAGCCCCGGACCGAGAAGGCCGAGCCUCGUGGGGGCCCAGCCUCGGCAGCGACCACGGGCCGCGGGAGGUAGAUGCGCAGCUGGCUUCAUGGAUCCCCGCCGCCCGUCCCCAGCUCCGUCCCGCCGAAGGCUGUCAGCGCCCUAGGGGGCUGGGCCACAGGGACCCCACCGUGCCGGGUUGGCCGGGCUGCAGCGAUUCAAGCAGUUUCCUCGCCAGAGAGCACCGGCGCCACAAAAGGGACCAAUGGGCGCCCCCGCAGCAGCCCCAACACCUGCGCUGCCCGGAAGGAGAGGGACCCGUCCCUGCCGAGUCCAAGACGGGGACCCUGCGGGUUCCCAGCUGCAGGGGUGUGGCGGCAACCCAGCAAAGUUUUGGGUACUUUGUAAAUCCGCGUGGGGACAUGGUGUAAGAUUGUGGGAUCCCCUGGGGGAGAGCAAGGCAGAGCCUGCAAGGCGAGUGUGUGGAGGGGACAGGUGGGUGAGGGGUUCCGGGACCUCAGGAAGAGGAGCUCCGGGGUCCAGCUCCCCACCCCUGGGCGUGAAAGGCCGCUGGAGAGUGGGCCAGGGUGCUGCCUGCCCUGUCCACCUGUUCACUGCCAUGAUCGGUUUGUAAGAAAAGCAGAGAAACAUUUGCAGUGGGGUAAAUGGCAGCCUCUCCAAACUCACGUCCGCCUGGAGCCUGUGAGUAUGACCUUUUUUGGAAAAAGGGUCUUUGACAAUGGAAUUAGGUGAAGGAGUUCCAUCAAAUUGACAAUCAACCCAUUGCCGAGGAGUCCAUUCCGACUCAUAAGGACCCUACAGGACAGAGCAGAACUGCCCCAUAGAGUUUCCAAUGAGCACCUGGUGGAUUCAAACUGCCGACCUCGUGGUUAGCAGCCGUAGUACUUAAGCACUAUGCCACCAGGGUUUCCAAAACUGACAACAGCAACAUGAAAUUUGGGGUGCAGUGAGGUUAAGUGAAUGGGGUAGGGAUAAUUUGGAAAAGGAGGGUUAGCAUGCCUGCACAAUUCAAAGAAUGCCAUCAGUGUCACUGAGUCCUACAUGUAGAGAUUGGUGAGGUGGUGUGUACUUUUCUGUGUAACUUUUCAACAACAACAAAUAAAAUACAAUGUUAAAAUGCACGGAAAAAAAAAAAAAGUGAAGGCAUUCCAGAUGAAGUCAUUCUGGACAAUCCAAGUGGCCCUAAACCCAAUGACAAAUGUCCCUAUCAGGGAUGGAGAAG